GUGGGGGGGUAGGGUGAGGCGCGGUGGGGAGGGUCUGGGCGAGUUUCCGGGACCGGAAGCAGUUUGCCUGCCGAUUUUGCCUGCUGCGGUGGCUGCAGCGCGGCCGGUGGGAGCCUGAGGGCCGCGGUCGCGGGUCAUGUGACGAGAAAGAGCUCCUGUUGGACGCCGAUCCUCUAGAUCUGAGCUCCCGGAGCCGGCCCCGGCCAUGGGGUGCUGCUAUAGCAGUGACAACGAGGACUCGGACCAGGAUCGAGAGGAGCGGAAGCUACUUCUGGACCCCAGCAGUCCCCCAACCAAGACCCUAAAUGGAGCAGAACCCAACUACCACAGCCUGCCUGCAGCCCGUACAGAUGAGCAGGCCCUGCUGUCUUCUAUCCUUGCCAAGACAGCCAGCAACAUCAUUGAUGUAUCGGCAGCAGAUUCCCAGGGCAUGGAGCAGCAUGAGUACAUGGACCGAGCGAGACAAUACAGUACCCGCCUGGCUGUCCUGAGCAGUAGCUUGACUCACUGGAAGAAGCUGCCACCACUGCCAUCACUCACCAGCCAGCCCCACCAAGUGCUUGCCAGUGACCCUGUCCCCUUUGCAGAUUUGCAGCAGGUCUCCAGAAUAGCUGCUUAUGCCUAUAGUGCACUUUCUCAGAUCCGAGUCGACGCAAAAGAGGAGUUAGUCGUGCAGUUUGGGGUCCCGUGAGGAUAAUUUCUGGAGAUCUCUCCCUUGUUUCCACCUUCCUUUCCCCUUAUUUCUUCCUGCUUGUACAGAAACCUAACUUACUACUAAUCACAGACGAGAAAUUACCACAGGAAUCCAGAGGUGUUUGGGGACCUCAUGUUCACACACAAUUUAAGUUCCCAAGAAGCCUUUGUGCCAUGUGGCCCUGGCUGAAUACUUUGUGGGGAGGAUCUAUGAUGGUUUUGCCACUUGGGGGGGUGGGGGGGGGAGGCAGAGCUAGAAGAGUGGGAAGAUAGGGAUUUGGAUAUGAAUUAUUAUUUCAUGAUUGGGGGUGGUGGGUAGGAAGAGAUUUAGCUUCCUUGAGAUCACCCUUCUGUGUUGGGGCUUGAACUGAUAUUAAGGGACUAAGAACUAAAUUGGUUGUUUCUAUUUCUCACACCCAGUUUUUACAUGUUUGAUCCUUUAAUUUUAUUUGUUUUGGUUUGCCACCCUCCAUAAAGGACAUCUAUCCAUCCUG